AUGUUAUGGGUGCGCGCCAAACUUCUCCUGGCCAGGCUACUCCGCCGACCCCCUUCGUCAGGGUAUUUCUUGCUUCCCCGGUCACCUUGGCAUGGUAGAGCUAUCUUUGCCCGGAGACCGAGUACUCCGUACCGUUAUAUCCUGCUGCUUCUCUGGAUAGCAGUAACAAUCAUUUUGUGUGAUAUUAUGCUAACAUUUAUCUUCUGGCCUUCCUACACUCACCUUCCACCUUGCUAUAAGAAGCUCACAAAAGCAGUUUCCACUUCUGAUGCCCCCGGACGGGGAAACACCCACAGUGAAAAAGUAUUUAUCGCCGCUAUUUUGUACGAUCCUCAUGGGGAGUACGCCGGCGGUCAAUGGGGCGAAGCGCUCGAGCAGCUGAUCGACCUACUCGGCCACGACAACGUCUUCCUCAGUCUGUACGAGAACAACAGUGGGAAAGAGGGCAAGCAAGCCCUCGAGACCCUAACGCGGCGAAUCCCAUGCAAUAAGUCUAUCGUGAUCGAUGUCGAUGAGCAUAUUACCUUCGACACCUUCCCUCGCGUCACAUUCCCUAACGGAGAGAGACGCAUCAAGCGCAUUGACUACCUAGCUGCACUACGGAACCGCGCUCUGCAGCCUCUCGAGAAACAGAAUCACGUUAAAUACGACAAAUUCCUCUACGUUAACGAUGUCUACUUCAAUCCCGUCGAAGUCCUCCAGCUCCUCUUUUGCACAAACGCCCGCGACGCGCAGACUACUCUAGCCUACCGGGCCGCUUGCGCCGUGGACUUUAGCAACCCUUUUAAAUUCUACGAUAACUACGCUACCCGUGACCUGGCAGGAUACGGUAUCGGCUUUCCGUUUUUCCCCUGGUUCACGACAGCAGGGCACGGAAUAAGUCGGAAGGAUGUGCUAGCAGGCCGGGACGCCGUGCGCGUGCGCAGCUGCUGGGGCGGGAUAGUCGCGUUCAAUGCGUGGUUUUUCCAGAAAGAAUACCCUGUGCGGUUCCGCGCUGUCGACGAAUUAUUCUGGGAUGCGUCGGAGUGUUGUCUCGUGCAUGCGGAUUUGCAGGAUGCGCCGGAUGAUGUAGGCGAGAUACAGGAUACGGGGGUGUAUAUGAAUCCGUUUGUACGGGUGGCGUACACGCCGACGACGCUGAUGUGGCUGGGAACUACAAGGCGGUUUGAGCGGUUAUAUGCGCGUGCGCAUGAUCUGCUAAAUAAGAUUGCCGGGCUGCCGUUGUAUAAUCCUCGAAGGGCGGAGGUGCCAGGAACGAAAGUACAGAGGGAGGUAUGGAUGCCGGAUAAGGAAGGCCAGAGUGGUGGCUCGUUUCGGAUGGUGGAGGUUACGGCAGGGAAUGAUGGGUUCUGUGGCCGACGAGGAAUGGAAGUGGUUGUGGAAGAUAGAAGACCAGACCAGAAUGGGUUUGAAGCUCUACCUCUUCCGUCUCUAUAA